UGCCCCCACAAUCGCAUCGCCCGCGUCGCUGGCCUGGUGCGGUCUUCCGAUCAGGAACUCCUCUAUGACUGCGAUUACAUCCAACGCACACGGCCUAUGUUAACUGAGAGCCACGAACUUCCAGAACCCGCACCGAGAUAUCCUUCCCCCGAAUCGAUCAUUCGCAAUGGCUGUUGAGAACCCUCCCAACACCCCUGUUCCCACCGCGGAACUCACCAAGAUCGCGACGGAGGCCUGCGACACCUCCCUGAAAGAUGUGGAGGGAUACGACCACCUGAAAGUCGGCGACUGGAACUCUCAGAUCAUCAACGCCAUCCUCAAAGCCCUCAUCGCCGCUACCACGCCCUCCACACCCUCGUCGGGCCCCCCCUACCGGUUCACCGUCAACAGCACCAUCGUGCAACAAGGUCUGAUCGACAGGUCGGCCGCCGCGGACGGCGCCGCCACCAACGUCGGCAAGCGCGGCAUGCACUCGGCCUCCGGUGCCUACUGGGACGUCAACCGCGACGGCAUGUGGACGUUCAAGUACCCCGGAGCGGACGAGCGGGGCCUGGACGUGGUGGUCAGCGUGACGUGGUUUGCGGUGAACUGAGCAGGCUCGAGUGAGAAUGGGAAGAAAACAAAGUGAAAAAAGAAAAAAAAAAAAAAAGCAGAUACUUUUAUUGUUAGCCGUGACUGUUUAGGCUGUCUAUUUUUAUUUAUAUCUUUAUUUAUUGCCUCUCUUGUAUGUAUGUAUACUGGGAACCCCUUUCGUUUUUGUUUCGAUGGUAUAUUCUUUUCGUGCGGAUCCUUCUUUCCCUGUCCGUCUUUGGAGCAGCGUGUUUUGAAUAAGACGUCGGUGUUUGUCAAUUACAACCUCAAGCCUUGAACUACCUACUUUGCUAGGGCGUAAAUAUACCAGAUGAUCAAUUGACAAAAGCUUCUAGAACGUCACGCA